GAGAGAUAAUGGCGCAGCUGCGUUUGUUUUGUAGAGAGUCAGAAGUUAUUUGAGUUCUUCCACAAAAAAGAUCAAGAUGUGAGUGCCCCCUACUGCGCAUAAUUCUGCUGGCCACCCGCGACGCGCUGGAAGUAGAAACGCCGCAGCUCUUCAUUAUUGCUCAUUGCGAUUCCAUUUCGAACAGCGGAAACAUAUCUUACUUAAAUAGUUUAAGCAUGAUGCAGCCGCAACAGCAGCAGGUGAACCAGUUCGGGCGGCCACUCCCGUAUGCAAUGUAAAUUUCCUGUACAUGAUGUACAAAAUGCAUGACAAAUUUCGCUAACUUGCAGUGUCCAACUUGUCAUGCUAGACUAGGAUUGAAAGCAAGUUUUGUCAUGCAGUCGUGACUGCAUUUGUUUUUGUACGUGUACGGGAAGUUUACUGUGGAUAUCCCGAACCAGGAGUACAUGAACACGCAGCCGAUGGACCCCCCGUAUGGCGUUCUCAGCCGUUACAUUCUCAGCUGUUGCAUGAAUUUGUAAUGCACGAGCGGCAAUAAUAUGGAAAGGGACAAGCUUCAGCUUGCGAGUCUCGCAUCACAAAUUUGCAACAGAGUUAGAUGCUUUUUAGCCCUUCGAGAAUUUGUCAUGCGAAGCACCAUCUUCUGGCGACUUAUGGGGACUUUGCAUGACAAAUCAUGUAACAGUUGAGAAUCGAACAGUUGAGAACGCCAUACCCCGAUCCAGGUGCGCAUGCCGCCGCAGAUCGGCGACUCGGUCCAGAAAGUGCUGGGCCCGCGCGAGGGUGUGUUGAUCAAGCAGACGCUGAAGGGGUGCUGCUGCGAUCUCCUGAACGAGUUCUCCAUUCACGAGUUUGAGCAUGCCGACGCGGAAAACGCCGGAUAUGGCGUUCUCAACUGUUACAUUCUCAACUGUUACAUGAAUUUGUAAUGCAAAACAAACAUCAACACUCACAAGAUGAAGCUAUUUCGCAUGACAAAUUUUGGAAAGGCUAAACAGCACCUAAAUCUGUGCGGGAUUUGUAAUGCUACAGGUGCAACCUACCUGCUUUGACAACUUUUGCCAUUCUUGCAUCACAAAUCCGUGUAACAGUUGAGAAUGUAACAGUUGAGAAUGCCAUACCGGACCGGAGAUCAUGUUCGCCAAAGAGUCCGCCGGCUGCUUCAUCCGCUGCCUAUCCCACUUCGCUCCGGGGUUUCGGGAGACCAGCUACGACCAGUGGUGCGGCGCGUACAGCGAGAAAACGGAGUCCGAGCGUCCGAAGCAGCCGGAGGUGUUUUUGAAACACGAAAAGAAGUGCACCAACGGCGUUUCCUGUUUGGUCAUGGAGGGGGACGGCGGGCCGCUGCGGGUGCCGUGCUGUUGCAUGUUGCCGUACUUGGAAACGAAGGAUGUAAACGGUGUGGUGUUGGGGAAAACGCAGUACCUAUCAAAUGCAAAAGUGUCUGGGUCUGGAAGAUUUCUAGACUUGUCAUGCAUAUGUUCCAUGACCCAUGAUGUCUGUGAUGCAUGCCGUAGCAUCACAUAUUUUUAGAGCGCUUUGUGAUACCUCUACAGCAUGAGAAACGCCCUCUCCGCGUAGCACAAACUGGAGUCCUCUUGCUGGUCAUGCAAUACAAAUUUUGGCUCAAGACUUCUUGUCUUGUGGCCCUUUUCCCACUUUAGAGACGGGGCCGCACCCCCGUGAGAUCAAUUCGUCCGGACUCAUCGUGGAGAUCAACCCCCGUGAGAUCCAAGAUCCUUAGAGGCACUCUGUAACAGGCAUCAGGUGCGGCUGAUGAACCUUUUGACUCACACUUAGAUUGUAGAUUGUUUCUCUAAAAGAAAAUCAAAGCAAAAAAAUGAGUACACACUUGCCCUCCAUCCGAAGCGCGCACGUGCGCAAUGAAGCUUCGAUGGUCCCAGCGGGCAUAACGCCCGGCCUUACUCGUUACUUCCUUCAUCUGCCCUCACCAGCCGUCCCCAAUGGCGUUCGAUUGUGGUGUCCUUGAUCCCCACGUAGAAGCUCUUCGCGGGUUUCUUCUUGCCGGGUGGAAGACGGUGCGCGUCGGUUUUUUUUGGCGGUCUGGGAGUUCCGUGUAGGUCUUUGUUCCUAGGGGCGCUCGUCGACGCCCUGCGGCGGAGCGGGGGAUCGGGAGGACUCGACGCUACUUGUGGACGCCAUCUCCGAGCUGCCGAUAGUAAAGGAGUUCUGCCGCACAUCUCCGCGUCACGAGGAUGCCGCGCCCACUAGCGGAUCGCCCUGCUGCGCUGGAGAUCAGGGACUUUUAAUUUAUUGUUUUUCGUUUGUCUCACACUCUCACCCACUCACAUGAAUACUUAUGAAAAGAUCAUAGUACCAGACCCAUAUUUCCUUUUUUUCUUCGUUUGUGUUUGUCGCCCCUCCUAAUCCCUUGGUCUGUGUUGUGGCAGCGGAUUGUCCUCUGACCCUUACGUAGCCUCAUGGUAACCCCUUUCCAUAUGAUUGACCUCAGGUUUUGCGUGGUAGCUGCGCUGGCAGCGCGUUUGUGCGGCUCUUUACUCCUGCGAGGUGCGACGUUUUCGAUGCGGCUGGGCUUUGCGGAUCCAAACUGCGCGGAGGUGGUGGUGGCGAUGGCGGGUUGAUUACGGUGCGGGAAUUCGGGUCGCCAGCCCCGGGUCUCACAGAGAACUGAACGGUGCUUACCAGCUGGAUAGACGAGUGAGGGGCGAUUACUCGUAGGGGAGUUGUUUAUGGCUCGCGGUCGUCUUUCUGUCGUCCUGGCGUCGUUCGUGGGGGUGUGGCGCGGGGGUGGAGCGAUCCUCGACGAGCGGCGCGGUUGCGGCUUUGUCGCGUCGAGCGGAGCGGAGCGUCGCUGUGUCUCCUCGGCAUCGUCUCUUCGUGGCCUGUCGUGCGUAGUCCUAGGUGGGGUCCCUAUCCCGGCCACUGCAAUAGGGCUUUUUGGUGGACUGCUGGAGACCCCAGUCCAGUCGCAUCGCGACGUUAUUUUUCAGCUGCAGGAGACCCCAGCUAUCCCUUUGCUCUGCCCAAGUCCCUCGUCUUUGUCUGUUCGUCGUGUGUUGCCUGGUUUACCGCUGGAAACGAUACCGUGCUUUUGGAAUUCCGGUUUCGACCAGGACAUGCAGCCACUCUAACGGUUUCACUCGGGUCCGACCCCCGUUAGAGCUUGACCCUUCCCCCCCGAGAUCCUACCUGAGGUAGUGGUUGUAAAGGUGGUAUAGUGGUUGAGGGGUAAGUAAGGUCAUGCAAUACAAAUUUUUUCAGAAUCCAGAGACAGCAUCACAAGUUAAGAAUGUUCCAGACCCAGACACUUUUGCAUUUGAUAGUACCUCUGCGACCGCUAUUUGUUCGUGCCGAAAUACGACGUGAUGGGGCCGGAUGGGACGAAGUGGUAUAGUGUUUUUGCAGGUACAACUCACUUUCUUCAUUCCAUCACUGUAAAGCUUCCCCACAAUUAUAGCUGCAACACGAACGGCCAACAACAUGCAAGAUUCUGCAUCAGAAGCACAAGAGCGCAUCACAAUCAAAUUCUCCCAAGACCGCUCCAGGUACCGCAUUCGCCCGGACACCUGUUGCGGUGAUUGCUGUGUCAACUGUGACUGCUCCCAGGGCGGGUGUCGCGGCCGCUGCUGCGCCAUUCCGUUCUACCUGCGGGACCUGCAAACCAACGAGAUUCUCCCCGGGGAGCGCCCGGGCACGCAGUAUGCGCUGCAAAUAUGUCUGGGUCUGGAAGGAUGCAGCUUGUCAUGCUAAAUCUGGACCAUGCAAAAAUUUGUGUUGCAUGAUUGCCAAAAGCUGUCCGCUUUUGACCAAGUUGGGAGUGAGUUUCUCACACAGGACAGGCAUGACACAGAUCUCACAGAAUCUGUCAUGUUAGGUCCCGCAUUUCAGACCUCAUGGGUUAUGGAAAACCUGCAUGACAAGUUUACACUCUUCCAGACCCAGAAAUGUUUGCAUUUGAUACGCAGGCCCAGAUUACGAAUCUGUUCUCGGGGUUGAAGGAGUGUGUGAACCGGGAGAAUUACUCGGUGCGGUUUCCGGACAAAGCGACACCAUAUGCAUUGCAAAUGUGUCUGGGUCUGGAACAGUGCAACGAACUUGUGAUCCUGCAUUUGGAUGAUAAAAAAAAUCUGUAUUGCGUGAGCAGCAAGAGGAGUCAAAUUUGGCUACACGGAUAGGGCAUUUGUCAUGUGGGAUGCGCAUUCAUAAGCGCUCAAAAAAUCCGUGAUGCUAGGGCAUGCAUAACAGACAUCGUGGAUCAUGGAAAAUGUGCAUGACAAACGUGUCGGUCCUCUUCCAGACCCACACAUAUUUGUAGUUGAUACACCACAGCAGAAGGCAACGGUGAUUGGAGCGACGUUUCUGAUCGAGAUGCUCCACUUUGAACAGGGCGGGACCGGGUUUUAGAUAGAAAGGACGAGAACAAUGAGCGGUUACAACUUGAUGGGGCAACGAUAGUACUGAGCAAGCUAGUGCUAGCGCACUUCAUCUAUUAUUCAAUUGGAUAAAGUCAUUAGCGCUUCGACUUUUCUUCAGCGUUUCGCUUCUUCCUUGUUGUUUCGGGAUAAAGGUGUAUAGUGAGAUAAAUCACGUUUCGAUGCGAAAAGAAUUUGUGAAAAAACUCACAGCGAUCUCGCACAGACUUCAAUCUCUGAGGCAGGUCCUAUUUCUCUCAUGUUUCACGAAACAGAUUGGAGUAGGUUACAGUAAACAAGAAUUGUAUACGUAGGUAAUAAAAAACAGUAAUUGUAGUUGUAACAAGUCACACGACGAGGAAAGACGUGCGAAGAAAAAAAUGAAAAAAGAGAUGAAAGAGCUGCUUGUUGAUCGUGUGCAGUCAGAUACCGAGAGCGCACCCCAAGAACGCUCACAAUUUAGAUUUCUAAUUACAGUAUACAUAGACCCCACCGCUGGGCACAUCGUCAU